CAAUUAUUAAUGAGAUGAAUUCUCUAAUUCAAUCGUUAGGACCCCACACUGCACUAGCAAGCUGGAAUUCUCUUGGUGCCAUGGACCUUCGCCUGAAGACAAGGCGGCGGAUCUGCAUUUGUUCUUCCAAGAGAGUCCUGGUUUGUGCUUUGGCUGGAAUUUUAGCACCAAGUUUUACUGUGAGCAGAAGUCUCCAAAGAAGAGGCCAUCCCACAUCGAGAGAGGCUGUGGAAGCUGAAGUAGUUCAGAGAUGCCAGUCCGAUGAGGACCAGUUUGAUUAUGUCCUGCCAGUGGGGCCUGCGUGUCCCUUCCGCUCUGAGAUGAUGGUGCGUGGCAAUUUCGAGCAGGAUCUGGCGAUGUUGCACCUCAAUGCCGCCAGCAAGUCAGGUGAAUUUGAUGCCUUGGUGCGGCAAAUUGCUGCAGGCAUUCAGCCAGAUCCGCGGCAGAAGAAGAAGGUGGGCUUUGACCUCAAACAGCAGGGAGAUCAUUUGAAAAGCUUGCUGGAUGACAUGGAGGAUGCAGUGGACUUCCAGGUCAUUGAGUCCUAUCAUCUCAUGGAGUUGAAGGCCAAGAAGAUGGGCGCCAUCAGUGCACGCACGGUGGAAAAGAUGACCUCCUGGCAGGGCACUGGCAUCAUGGCGGAAGCGGACGGCAUGAUGGUGCCACCACCACCCAUUGGUGUGGAUCCAGUGGCCUUGUCCAAAGCUGCCCCCGCAGGCCGAGGUGGAUGGCAGAGUCAGCCCAAUGCGCCUCGUGUGCUUCCUUUCGAGGAGGAAAGCUUUCUGAUAUCUCCUGAAGCAAGACUGCUUGGGGCAGAGUAUGCCAAGUUAUCGAAGGAGCAUGGCGAGCUGGUGAACUUCGGAGGGAAGUUCGGUGACUUUGACCAGGCUGGCAAGGAGUUCUAUAUUGACAAAAUGCUGGAGGUUACGACUCGCUGGAGUAGCUUGCUGAGUGACACAAGGCGCUUGGGCAUUGAGCCGGUCCGUCCCUACGUGGCCUUCUCACAGGAGUACCUGGGCCAAUCAGGGCUUUCGCCCCAAGACUUUCGAGAGAUGGUGGAUGAAGUGCACCAGCUGCUACGGCGAAAGGCUGACCCCACCAGCCGAUAGUGC